GUGACGUAGGAUAGUCACAUGAUACGAGGAGAGAAUUGUACACCGGCGGAAGUUCCAGCCCCUCGUCCCGGAUGGGUCGAAGAGGCAAUCAACAUCAAACAACGAAGACCGUCGAUCAUAUGGUUCAUAUGAUUUCAGAAUGGCGGAUGUCAUGUAACAGAAAAACAGUUUAAUAAACAGGAAAUAAGUCCAACGGUUAACAGUUGACCAUUCAUCAUGGAUGUUUUAAACAAAUCCGCUCUGUAAGAUUGUCUGGAUUUUGUGCCUGGAUACACAUUCGGAUUACUGUUCAUGAGCUGCUUUUCGUCGAUCGUUGGAUGUUAUGUCAUUUUCUGGACGUACCUCAAACUACCAGUAAUUCGAACCUUUUCACGAAGGUUAUUCUAUUCUUAAGUGCCGCCGACUUUUUAAAUGCAGCCGGCAAUUUGAUCGGUGGCGUCCGUUACAUGUUCUUGGAGAGAACGGUCAGCCCGUGUACGAAUCUCAAUCACUCCGACGCCGUUUGCAUAGCACAGAGUUACAUAACGACGUCUGCAAGUAUGGCGUCAUUCUUCUGGACUUCUGCCAUCGCGAUUUACAUUUUGUGUCAGCAACUGAGAGUCCAAACAGGAAUCUCGUCUGCAAGGGGGCUUAUUUUUUACAACCUUGUUUGCACUGGGAUUCCAGUGAUUAUAACAUCGGUGGCCAUUGGAAUGGAUGUCCUAGGGGCCAACAACUCUGUAGGGACAGGGGGCUGGUGCUGGAUAAGAAGCUCCUUGUCUAAUCGCACGCUGACAGUGUGGAUGUUAUUGACGGGAAAAUUCUGGGAAAUCGCCUGCUACUUGCUUACCGCACUUGUGUUCGUGAUUGCAAAGUAUUGUAAAUUAAACGAGAAGGCACACGACGACGACGCCCCGCGCAAUUCUACAAACAUGGACCUCUCCGAAAUUCGACCCCAAAACAACAAGAUCCUCUAUUACUGCAUCAGCCUGUAUUUGUUGAGAUUAUGGGGUACAGUCAGAUUUUUUAUUACUAUCGUCAGUGGCAACAUAGAUUCGGUACAAAUCAGUCUCGCGCAAAAGGUUUUACUCACCAUGCAAAGCAUUGGUGACAGUUGGCAAGGGUUCUGGAACUUCUUCGUGUUCUGUCUGUUAGACGAAGUGGUUCGGGAUUAUAUUUGCGCAUGUUGCCGAAGUUGUUGCAGUGGUUCCCCGCGCAUCGAAGAACUAGAACCAGUUUUACAGGAGUAAUACUGUCGCAAGCUGGUCUUCAACAGAAGCUUUACAUUUGUGCCAAAGCAACUGUUAAGAAUUCAAUAAAAUUAACUGCCACCUCUAAUUGAAUGUACAUUUAGUAUGCACUUUGCUUAUUUGAAAUAAAGUAGAAUUCGUUUA